AAAAGGUAGGGGCGUGGCAAAAGGUUUCUCAUUGGUGGAAGGAGUUUUACUGCUGGCCAAUCAGCAGCUAAAUAUACAUUUACGUAAUUUCCUUAGACAAGGUGGCGGCGAUAAGACGUGAGACAUGUGUACAGUGAGACAAAACGAUGACCUCAUCGACAGCGAAUCCUUCAGAGAUGAUUGUUUAUAUCUGCGUCCUUUUUGUACAAGAGAGUACAGAAUACAUCCUGUCUCCAACUAAUGCAGAGUAUAUUCAAGCUGCCAACACACUGAUGUGAAGAACCCUUUCCAGAGAAAUAUAGAAAGAAAUGACUGUGAAGCUUGUGUUGGGGAGGAUUCAGUGUCUGUUGAGGCUCAUGUGAAUGUGUUAUAAAGUGAGUAUCAGAAACACAUCCAGACACAUGCCAAAGACCACACGACAGGAACAUGCUCCUGGAGACGCUGAGAAAACACGGAAGGAAUCUCUGAGGAAACUACACAUACUUCAGGACACCCGCUGGAAUAUAUGGAGAGAAAAUAGUGUCCUGGUAAAACAAUUUAGCUGGGCGAAGGUGAGUGGGGAGAAUUUCAGCUGCUCAUGAAGAUAGAUUGUCCAAAUUGUUAUGACUGUAAAAAUCUCAGCGUAUGCUAAUGAUAUCGCUGUAUAUUACACAAAUGGAAAUGAUGUUCACAUUUGAACAGAUAUGUUGAAGAGUUAUGGGAAAGCUUCAUCUUCCAGAGUAGAUUGGGACAGAAGUGGUUCUCUGUGUGUGGUUCAGAUUCUAGAAGAUUACACUGGGGAAGUUCUGGGCUAAAGUAUCUGGAGGUAUUUUUAGGAAAAGAAGAAUAUAAUUGGGAUUUGGAAAUGUUAAGGUCGCCGUCAAUGUGGAGUGCUUUAAGGAAUGCUGGAAUUACAAAGACUGGACUUUUUCUAAUAACAAAUGAAUGGAUGUCAUCUGAUGCUGCAGAUGUGUGUGAGGUCACUUCACUUGAGACGGUGGAAUGAUCUUCUUCAAUGUUUAGCUAUGAAUUUUAAAAAUGAAGAUUUGGAUGGAUGUCCUUUCCUAGAGUUAAAUCUUGUGCUUUUGAUGCUUUUCAAGAGAGAGAGGGUUUUCUGCUCAACGUCAGAACUCCUGAACCUGAACUUUUUAGAGAAACUGGGAAAAACGCACUGUAAAGUUCCCCAUAUUAACUCUUUAAAGGGGCUAAAAGAAUCGAAAUAUCAGGAGGUUUUCGGAUCAGAUGGAGGACCUCGUAUAAGACUGAGAGAAGCACUGGGGAUCUUCAGUGGAGACCUGUUUAAUAACAGACACGAGCACAGCGUGAUCCACAGGUACAGCAGACGAAUAUUUGUUUAUUACUGCGGUAGACUUGAAGCUUUGCUAUCUCAGCUAGAACAACAGUCUAGCAUUUCAGGAGGAUUUUCACCCGUACUUUUUAUUUAUGGUCCUAAGUAUAACAAAAAUAAAAAGCUCUUGAUUCUUAACGUUUUGUUUGGGCUUACAUCACGUUAAUGUAAGUUAAAUGGUAUGGGUUCAACUGAUGAAGUUAUGAUUUUAAGGGUUUAAUAAAAUCAAGGCUAACAGUGGAAUCAGCAGGUUAAAGACUUCGAGACGUACUUGGGUGAAUAAGUGUUUGUGUGAAACUAUCAUGGAUGCUUCUUUAGGAAUACAGGUUUAAUCUUAUUGAGAUGUUUUUGGUUUGGUUUUAAUCUCUGUGUUGUUUAUUUCAUUAUGUAAGGGUGGGUUUUGUGUGUAGAUCUUAUGUAAUUUAAAAGUCAAAAAAGUCUUUCUCACACUUCCUCUGUCUAACACACGCACACACACACACACACACACACACACACAGUGUACUUAUAAAACCAAUGACGAGAAUCAGUUUCAGCCAAUCUGUGUGUUAAAGAGAGAGAGAGAGAGUGUGUGUGUGUGUGUGUGUGUGUUUCAAGAAAUAGAUCAGAAGGAAGUGAUCACUUCCUGUAUGGCUUCUCAUAUCGAGAGUGUGUGUGUGAUGGAGGCUGAUGUUAAUCUCACACAGGAAGUUGAGAACUUUCUGAGGGGCGUCACCACAAAAUAACUGUCAAUCACUCUCUGUCUCUCUCUCUCACACACACACACACACACACACACCGCUGGAGCUCAGUGAACCCGUCCUGCUCUUCUGGAGAUGAAGGAGUCUGUGUGUGUGAUGAUGACGAGACGUCUCUGCUAAUGAUGGAUGACAGGAACAGACGUGAGCGGAUCAGACCUGCACACACACACCUGGAUGAAGACAGCUGUCCUGCUGAACGAGCUCCUAAAGGUUACAUCGGAGCAGGAGAUGUUGUACACACUCUUCCUCCUCCACUGCGUGUAAAGCCAGGAUGUAAAGGUCCGGCCAUCAACAGAGACCUCAAACCUGGGAGACUGCCCAAGAGCUCCUCAGAUGGACGAUUGGAGUUGAUGGGAUCUGCUGAGAGGGCUUUCACAGUCCCACACAGGCCGGUGAGAUCAUUACCCAGAGAUCACCUGCGUUUACCGCCUCCACCAGUACAGACCAUCACUGACAGUCCAAACCAGUUUAACCAGUUUGAUGAGUCUCCUCCGUCCAGACCUGCACCAGAACCAGCGUCACCGCUGACCAGAUCACACACCAGCAGACCAGCAUGGACACAACCCAGUCCGAGUGAGCGAGGGAAUGUUAAUACUUCAUCAUCUUCAAGUCACACGUCUCACAGGUUUUCUCUGGAUCUGGAGUCUCAGGAUUUGGACAGCUGCUGUGAGAGAGAGACGAGCUCGCUGGAUUCACACGUGAGGAAACAGCAGCAUCACGAAUGGCCUCGUGCUAAAGGAGAAGCCCUCGGCAGCUUCACCAACCACAGCAAACCUGCACAGGGAUUGGAGGAUCAGAACUGGUAUGUUGGUGCGGUCAGUCGUGUGGACGCUGAACACGCUCUUCACCUGGUCAACAGGGAAGGAGCCUUUCUAGUGCGCGACUGCUCGAAGAACACUACCUAUGAGCCCUUGGUCCUCGCUGUGUUUUACAGCAAAAGAGUGUUUAACAUUCAGAUCCGCUUCAGUGAUGAAACCAGCAAAUACUCUCUGGGAACGGGCCUGAGAACCAAUGACAGGUUCGACUCCGUCACCGACAUCAUCAGGUUCCACUCCAUUUUUCCCAUCGUUCUCAUUGAUGGGCGGAAACCUUCGGAGGCAGCCAAUCAGGGGAGGCAGUGUGUGCUGAUGUACCCAAUCACAAAGCAGGAUCUGACCGAGCUGUUGAAAUAAGAGCAAAUACAAACUGCAACAUCUCCGGGACGUUUAACUGACAUCUUAACUUUAUAAGUCAUUUCUAGUGACGUCUGACUCACUCAAAAAGAGACAAAGAGCUCAUCUGAUAGAACGAAGAAAAAUCUGUCAAUUAAUAAUGUGGUGGUGUAUAGCAAUCAAAUAUAUAAAGAAUUCAAUGUUUUAACACACAUGCAGACUGAAAGUGAGUGUUUGAUUGAGUGCAGACACAAGAACCAUUUCUCCAGAAACUUUUAUUCCAUUAAUACGUUUUAUUGAAUCACACUUAAUAUUUUUGGGCCUUCAUGAAUAAUUUAAAAAUAGAUGUUAUGCUUCUGAAGCCUCAGAACUAUGUACAGAUUAUAGUUUGACAUAAAACACACGCUUAGUUUCUUGAACAGUUUGUUCAUAAAUGAGCAGAUGCCCUGAAAAUCAAACGCUCAGCUGUAACUUCACAUAAUGGUAACAGUAAUAAAACAAAACAGUCAGUUUACUGGUUUGAUCAUUUGAGGUAGAUCUACAAUGAUAAACACAUCAAACCGUAUCAACUGUUUAAUGACCGUAUAUUUUACAAAAGUAAAGUUGUUUGAUGUACAGACUUUAACAGUGAGUGUACGUGUGUGCUGUAGUUUACAGUGAAAUACUGAGUCUGUAUAAUCAAACCUUUUUGUUUGUUUGCAAAAAACACUUUUACUGUGCGUCAUUAGUUUGAAUCCCACAAAUGAGAAAGCCUCACCCAAUAAUGACCAUGUGCACAAAAAUCAGAAAAGAUUCACCUGCCACUGAUGCUUACGUGCUUGUAAUAUGAUAAACACGAAUGAUUUCAGUGAGUGCACUUCAUGUGAAUCUCCAAACGUUAAGUCUGUUUGAAAUGAGCCUGUACAUUCAUGACAAAUAACACGCAACAUGCUAAAA